GCUGACUUCUCGCGCUACUUCCGGUUGGAGACGUGGCUCUGUGUUGGUGCCAUAUUGAAGCUGUAGAGACAGUAAUAAGUUAGCGGCGAGGCGACGGGGUUCUUUUCUAAAUACGCGUUUUAAGAGACUGGUAAUCAACGGAACUGCCGUCGUCUUUGAUUUGUUUUUAACCACUUGAGCCGUCGACAAGACCAAAAUGGUGCUUUUGGCUGCGGCGGUGUGCACCAAGGCAGGCAAGGCCAUUGUGUCGCGGCAGUUUGUGGAGAUGACCAGGACGCGGAUCGAGGGCUUGCUGGCAGCGUUCCCCAAGCUGAUGAACACGGGCAAGCAGCACACCUUUGUGGAGACGGAAAGCGUGCGCUAUGUCUACCAGCCCCUCGAGAAGCUCUACAUGGUGCUCAUCACCACCAAGAACAGCAACAUCCUUGAGGACCUGGAGACCUUGAGGCUUUUCUCCCGCGUGAUCCCCGAGUACUGUCGUGUGCUGGAGGAGGGGGAGAUCUCUGAGCACUGUUUUGACCUCAUCUUUGCCUUUGAUGAGAUUGUGGCACUGGGGUACAGGGAGAACGUCAACCUGGCACAGAUCCGCACCUUCACUGAGAUGGACUCCCAUGAGGAAAAAGUGUUCCGUGCGGUCAGAGAGACUCAGGAGCGUGAAGCAAAAGCUGAGAUGCGGCGGAAGGCCAAAGAGUUGCAGCAAGCGCGACGUGAUGCAGAACGUGCAGGAAAGAAACCGCCUGGGUUUGGAGGCUUUGGCAGCUCAGGUGUGACCGGUGGCAGCUCUUCCUCUGUCAUCUCGGAAACCAUUAUUGAGCCAGAAAAACCGAAGAUUGCUCCCACGCCAGUCAGGCCAAGUGGACCCAGCAAAGCUUUGAAGCUAGGUGCCAGGGGCAAGGAGGUGGACAACUUUGUGGACAAACUCAAAUCAGAGGGCGAGAACAUUAUCAUCCCCAGCACUGGAAAGAGACCUUCAGAGGCUUCCAAAGCCCUGGCUCCAACCAUCAACACUGAGAGUGUGCACCUUAGGAUUGAAGAGAAAAUCUCCCUGACGUGUGGCAGAGAUGGGGGGCUGCAGAACAUGGAGGUUCUAGGCAUGAUCACCCUGAGGGUGUCUGACGACAAGAAUGGACGCAUCCACCUCCAUGUCAGCAACAAUGACAAAAAGGGAGUUCAGCUACAGACUCACCCCAAUGUGGACAAGAAGCUCUUCACAGCAGACUCAUUGAUUGGCCUUAAAAACCCAGAGAAAUCCUUCCCACUUAACAGCGAUGUGGGUGUGCUGAAAUGGAGGCUGCAGACCACAGAUGAGGCCCUUGUUCCGCUUACCAUAAACUGCUGGCCUUCUGAAAGUGGCAACGGAUGUGAUGUGAACAUUGAGUAUGAGCUACAGGAGGAGGACCUUGAACUUAAUGAUGUUGUCGUCACUAUUCCUGUUCCAUCAGGAGUUGGAGCACCUGUGAUUGGGGAUCUGGAUGGAGAAUACCGCCAUGACAGCCGGAAAAAUGUGCUGGAAUGGUGUCUACCUGUGGUUGACAGCAACAAUAAGACUGGCAGCCUCGAGUUCAGCGUGGCUGGCCGGCCUGGUGACUUCUUUCCUGUUAGUGUCUCCUUCGUCUCCAAGCGCACGUACUGCGACAUACAGGUUACCAAAGUGACUCAGGUGGAUGGAGACAGCCCUGUCAGGUUCUCCACAGAGACGUCCUUGGUGGUGGACAAGUAUGAAAUACUAUAAUGGUAAAUGGAGGAGAGAGAUCCCUGAGAUAUUGAAACUUGGCUGUCCACCUGCGUCUCAACCGUUCACAUGCAGUAUGUCAGCAGGACUGAACCCUCAGAUGGCCCUUUCCACUUUGUUAUACUGUAUGUGUAUUUAUACCUUUAUAUGAUAAAAAAAAUUAUUAUAUAUAUAUAUAAAUAUAUACAUAAAAUGGUGAAAAUGAAUCUAAAGAAGAAAGUGCUGGAUUCCGCAAAGGAGACUAGUGAAAACUAGAUCCCCUGAGGUCAGAGGUGGCAGAGCAAGAAAGGUGAAAAACUCCUGUACCUUCUUUCUCUGUUUGCAGUUUUCCUUUGGUGAAUGGUAAACAUCUAGUUGUAUUUGAAUAUCGUUCCUUAAUUUCUGUCACUUAUGAAGAAUUCCCCAUUUUUUUGAAUUCUGUAGUCUCUUUUGUCUGGAUUUCAUGGAACCUACUAGAAACAUAUGCAUACUGUUGACAUGCUUGUUUGUACCAGUCUCAUAAGGCCAGUUUGCAUGGACCAGCAAUUAGCCAACAGAGGGAAAGCUAUUUCCAAUGUCAUAAAAAUAGUGUGAUAUAUUUUCUGGCAGUUUGCAACUCACUGGCUGGGGAUUCAUGGGGCCGUAUUGUCAUUACAGAGACCCUCAGUAUGCUAUUUCACAGUUCUGUGUUUUAUUUUUUGGAGACUGUACAUUGUACUAGAUUGGUGAAUAGAUCAGAGCUAUCAAUGACAUGUUUCAGAUAUUCUUUGAUGAACAUGCUUUGCUUUUUGUUUUAAAUUCUGUCAUCCCUGUUCAGCUCUGGUUUAUAUAUGUGGGUUUUACAUUUUUUUAAUAUAGACUUCAAUGCUGAUUUGUGAGAUGAGCUUCAGUUAAUUGGUGUUGAUUUUCCUUGAGUGCACCUGUCAGCAGUUGUCAACUGUCAACAGAUUAAGUUGACAGUUACCUGAUUAUAAAAUGAUUUCCAUGUGCCAAACAAGAUUUGGUUCAGGAUUUUACAGAUGGGUUUAAACCAUUUAUUAUACCUGGAAUGCGCCAUAUUACAUAUCCUCUUGAAGGCGCUAUUGACACAGAUAGGCCAAAAUGGCAGUUGUGGUUUGACAGAUCCUUCUGAUGGCUAAUUAUUUUAAAGAAAAAAGUAGCCAAACAUCUUGAGGAUUUGUCAAACCACAACUCACUAUUAGUGAUUGCAUAUACUUGACAAUAUUUUGAAGUGUGUACAGACUCUGCUUGGUUCACAUAUUGGUAAGACAGGGACAUUGUGCUUUGGAUAGCAGUCUUUGUUUUGGGCCAAAUAUUUUUCUGUCAACAUCAGUACAUAAAUUUUAAAGACAAGUAAUGUGGGCAGCACCAUCAACUGCAUGUUUCUGGAACAUGGAUCAAUUAGUGUAUUUGAUGAACACAUGAUUAGUGUACUUGGAAGACUUUCAAAAACCUAUUACUGUAUGUAUGUAUCACACUCUGACCCAAUCAUGACCUAUUUGCUUUGCCUCAGUAAAUGAAUUAUUGUAGCCAUAACCACAAACAUAAGAAUGUCUUUUGUCAUCUACCUGAAUACAGCAGUAUAUGGGGGACAGAAAGUGAGGUGUUAGCGGAAAUUACAUUCCGGUAUAAAAAUCAUAAUUAAAAGGAUAUUAUAAAUUUUGCCUUUGUGUGACUUUGUUAGAAUUAUGUCCUUGUUAGCUUUGGGUUCCCAGAUUGUGUGUGUGAGCUCUGAUUAUUUCACCUCAUUAGGUUGGGUAGAGUCCCUAGAAUUAGAGCUUUCACAGGAAAUAAGAUGCUGCCUGAUGGAAAGGGAGUAGUUUCUGAGGAUAACUAAAAAUAUCUAUUUGCUGAAUAGUCACCUUUAGUUGUGAAUUUCUUUUUAGUUUUCAACUGUGAACUUUAUGAUAUGGAUUGAUCCGGGUGGCUUGGUAAUGCUGGUGACUCUCAGCACCCGAGUGUGGGUUUGAAUCCAGCUCAGUUUGUGAAGAUUUUACAUACGAGUGUUUCCUCUGGGUGCUCUGGUUUCUUCCCACAGUACAAAAAUGUGUUUCAUGUGAAGUGGUAACUAAAUUUCCCCUAGCGAGACUGAUUUACCUGCCAUAGACUGGCAUCAUGUGUGGGGCUUACUGUCUCACACCCUCUGUCUUGCGUUAAGCUCCUGUCAAUCUCAACCCUGCACUGGACAAGUGGCUAUGGAUAGUGAGCAUG